AUGGAGGUGUUACAUAAUAUGCAGAGUAUGGAUAAAAGGGUUAUGGAAAUAAAAAAUUUCCGAAAAUUGCUAUAUCAGAAACAGAAAUUAAAUAUAGACUUAAAAGAAGAUGUACAAAAUUACAUGCACAUGCUAGCUAAUUUGCACUCUCUGAACAAGAAUAAAAAAAAUAAUAAUUCAAAAACUUUUGGUGACUCGGGCAAUUUUAGAAGUUGUGCUAAUAAAAAAGGAAGAAGAAGAAGAUCAAGAAACAGCGUUUCGUCGAAUAUGAGCAGAGGUAGAAGGAGCAACGGACAUGACCAUAGCGGUAACAAUAACAACAAUAACUAUAAUAACAACAAUAACUAUAAUAACUACAAUAACAACAAUAAUAAUAAUAAUAAUAAUAAUAACAAUAACAAUAACAAUAACAAUAACAAUAACAAUAAGGAUAAUAAUAACGAUGACCCGAGCGACAACAACAAUGAUGACGACUACAACCAAUCUGACAGUGAUAACGAGGAUAAGAAAAAUAUGGACUCCGAUAAUAAUGAGGAAUAUAAUGAUAAAAAUAAGAAGAAAAAGAAAGGAAAGGGAAAGGAAAAUGGAAAUGGACGAAAAAAUGAAGAUGAGGAAAACGAUGGGAUAUUUGUCGACGAAGACGAUGAUGAAAUGCAGAGAGGAGGAGAUAAUGUACAACUGGAGGGAAGCAGCAAUAUAAGUUCACGCCAAAUGACGCUAAGAAAAGAUAGAGAAAUGAAUUAUAACGGCACUAGCAGUAGUAGCAGCAACAAUAACAACUACAGUAACAAUGAUGUGCUUCUCUCUGAGGAAAACAACGAAGAUGCGAACGCAAUUAACGAAAAUGCAUCGUCUGUUAUGGAAUACCCCUGCGAUGAUUCACAUAUUAAAGCCUGUUUAUAUGAUAACAACACAGGUUUAAUGAAAAUGACAGAGGACCAUGCACGCAAAAUAGGGAAAAAAAUUGUAAGUAAUCCAUUUACUGCUAGCAGUUGUGAAGAUGCAAAAGAGGAUGAACAAUCCUUUGCUUCUGAUGUUAAUAAUAAUAAUAAUAAAACGGAUGAUAUUAACAAAUGCAUCGAAAGACAACAUACAAAAGUAAAACUAAACAAUGUUUUAAAAGAAUUAAAAUUCAAAAGUGCACACAAUAUAGAAUAUGCAUAUACAGAUAAUUCUGAAGAACAUAAUAUGUCCGAAAGAAAUGUAAAUGAUAAUUUAGAUGAUAUGGAUACGUACAGAAAAAAUUCUCAGAUGGUUGAUGAUUAUGAUCCUAACAAAUAUACCAAUUUUGUUAGACAUUAUGUAACAAAUGUUGGAAGUAUUGACAAAGCUAUGGCAAAAUAUAAUCUAUACAACUCAAAUUCUCAGUUACAUUCCUUUGGAUUAAAUCAUAUGUAUAAUAAUAAUGAAGGAAAUUCAUCCUUUGGAAUGGUAUCAUCAGAAUUUAAUAGAUCUAUAUCUUCUUUAAAUAAUGAAAAUUUAAAAAAAGGAGACUGCGAUUUUUCAAAUUACAUGACUUGUUCAGGUAAAAAUAAUAUAAAAAAAUGUUUUCAAAAAAAUAUUAAUUGUAUUGAAAAGCCUUUAAAACAAAUAAAAAAGUAUGUUCCAGUUCAUAUGGGAUAUUAUGAAAAAAUUAAUUAUUCUAAAGCUUUCCAGCCGCUUAAGAACUAUGAUUGUUCACGUGCAAAGGAGUAUAUCCAAAAUUAUAACUGCUUCCAAAAUGCGCAGCAAUUUAUUUCGAAAAAUUCUCUGGAAAAUGGUGUGGACAUUGUGAGAAAGCACGUAAACUUGGAAAAUAUGAAGAAACAUGUUAACUUGGAAAAUGUUAAGAAGAGAAUAAAUAUAAAAACUGUAAAGGAACACAUAAAUUUCGAAAGUUUUAAAGAACAUAUAAAUUUUGAAAAUAUUUCAAAGAAUGUUCAAUGCUUUGAUGAAAAUUACGAAAGAUGGGAAGACGCGUAUAAAAAUUAUGUGUACAAAUAUGUGGAAGAUGUGAAACAAACAAUUUUUGAUAAGGGAAAUUAUUAUACACAAAAUGCUAAUUGUAAUUACGAUUUGAUAAGCAACGAUUUUGUUAAAAUUGCUGCAAAUAAUAUAAAAAAUUUAAAUAAUGCUUAUGUAAAUAAUAAAUCUAAAUUUAACCUUGAUAAUCAUAAGAAAUAUAUAGUAUUUAAUCAUAAAAAAUAUGCCAAAUUUUUUAAAGCAUGUUACAAAAAAAGAGUCAACUCUGUUAAAAAAAGAAUAGAAGUAAAUAAAGAAUUCCUUAACAAGUAUUUUAAUGCAUGCACAAUUGAUUGUAAUAAUAGACCAAUGGAGUUAAAUAAUAUGUCCAAAAAUUCUUCUCUUUUUGAUUAUGGAAAUAUUGAAGCAAAUUCGAUAGAAAGGGAAAGUUCUUUAAAUAAUAUUACGGAUAUGAGACAACAAACUUCUUUACUCAAAGGAUUGAACUCUUCCGAUGUUGCAAGAAUGCAUAGUAACACCUCAGAACAGUUAAAAAAUGAAGACAAUGGGGGGGAGGGACAGCAGGAAACGGGAGAAGGAGUAGAAGGAGUAGAAGCUGUAGAAGUAGAACUAGAAGACGAAGACAACGACGAGUAUGCAAAUUCUGAUAAUGAUUUUGAUUGCAAUUCUCAAAUAGACAUGUCCUGUUUUAGCAGAAAAAAUGAAAAUAAUAAACUAGAAUAUAUGAAGGCUGUUUUACCUAACAGCGGAGGGGUGGAAAGUGAAAUUAUUUAUGAUCAGGAAAAAAAAAUAUAUUUUGACUUAAAUGAUAAUGUAUAUAUUCAUUAUAAAGAUAAUUUAUAUUUUAAUGCUAAAGAUAGACUAUUUUAUGAAAUUGAAUAUGCUGAUGCUAUAACCUAUGAAAAUAUUAAAAAUGGGUUGAUAAAAUUUGGAAAAUUUUUAAUUACGGAAAAAUAUGCUCCUUGCAAAAUUAUUAUGAAGAUCUGCACACACGUUAAUGAGUUUAUGUACAACUUCUUACAAGUAAACGAUUAUAAAAUGUUUUAUGGGGACAAGGAAAAUUUAGUAGAAAUUAUAAUCAAGUGA